UGAACAUCGAACCCCCUUUCGCGCGCAUUUCAAUAAUAGUCGCCGCCCAUCAUGGACAGGGUCGCGGGCCUCACAGUGUCAGUACCACACCCAACACCGCCCCUAUGAUGUCCCUUUUGCAAUACAUCAGUGUAAGGACGGGCUUGCUGGCUGGAAUACCACCGCUACCGCCCCCGGUACCGCCAGCUGUGCCUGAUCCUCCACCACGAAGCUACGGAGUUGGUCUCGUCAAUCGAGACGUGACUGUCAUCCAGAUUCCCGAACCUCAGAUCCCUGAACCAGUGUUGACAGCUGCUGACGACGACUACGGGGACGACAGUAACCAGAAGGCGGCUAGGAACCAAUUUCGGUCGCGCACUGUCAAGGGAGCCAACAACGGCGUUGCACUACGACAGUAUGCCGAGGCCACGCUCGGAGGUGGCAGCUUGCGCAAGGUUGUGAAGUUGCCUGAAGGCGAAGACGAGAACGAGUGGCUGGCAGUCAAUAUGGUCGACUUUUACAACCAGAUCAACCUCCUCUACGGCGCUAUUACCGAAUUCUGCUCGCCUCAGUCAUGUCCCGAGAUGAAGGCAACCGAUGAGUUCGAGUACUUGUGGCAGGACAGCGAGAACUACAAGAGGCCGACUAAGAUGGCCGCGCCGGACUACAUUGAGCACUUGAUGGCUUGGGUGCAGCGUCACAUUGAUGACGAGCAGAUCCUGCCGAGCAGAAUUGGUGUUGCCUUCCCCAAAUCAUUUCCUUCCACCGUACGACAAAUCUUCAAGCGCAUGUAUCGCGUUUAUGCCCACGUCUACUGCCACCACUACGCGGUCAUCAGGGAGCUCGGGUUGGAGCCCCACCUCAACACGAGUUUCAAGCAGUACGUUCUAUUCGUUGACGAGCACAAGUUGGCUAGUGGCAAGGACUUUUACGGUCCUCUGAACGACCUCGCGGAGAAGAUGAUUGAGAGCGACUGAGCCAGGCCAGACGAGCCUUUCGAGAGUAUGAAUGCAUGCAUUGUCUAGGCGUUGGGGGAAACACGGAUGACACGCCGGUUGGCAAGGUAAUAAGGAAGGUCUGAUGAUUGGCGCGUUGGGCUUUGACACUGCUGAGCCUGU